AGGGAGUGAGAGAGACUGACAGACAGACACAGUCGGGGAGGGAGCGGGAGUGUGUGAGAGAAACUGCAAGGAGAGACACCAAAAUUGAGAAUUGGACAGUACCAACAGAGAGGUGAUGGAACCCAUUGGUGAUGUUCUCCACCUGUUAGUCAUCCUGUCCUUGUUGGAGAAGGGCAAUGCCAAAGUGGGACACUUCAAAGCAGCAGGAGCCACAGCACCAGGAGAUAUCAUCAUUGGAGGGCUGUUUCCCAUCCAUGAGGGAGUAGAGGAAUCCCCCAACAUCUCAGCACCCCAUGAACCACAUUGUGUCAGGUUCAACAUGGUCGGGUUCACCCAGGCAUUGGCUAUGAUCCACGCUGUAGAGUCGGCCAACAGAUCCCCUGUCCUGACUACACUAGGGAUCUCUCUGGGGUACCGUAUCCACGACUCCUGCUCUGAUGUCACCACCGCUCUGAGGGCCUCAGCUGACUUCACACAGGAGCCAAACACAGGAGCCAACACCUCCACCUGUUCCCCACCCAUCAUGGCCGUCAUUGGGGCCUCUUCCUCUGAGAUUUCCAUCGCUGUUGCCCGGCAACUCAACCUGGAGCUCAUUCCUCAGAUCAGUUACGCCUCCACUGCCAUCAUCCUGAGUGACAAGAUCCGUUUUCCUGCAUUCCUGAGGACCGUACCUAGCGACCUGUACCAGACACGGGCCAUGGUCCAGUUGCUUAGCGACAGCAAAUGGACCUGGGUCGGCGUGGUCACAACGGAUGGAGACUACGGCCGCUCUGCCCUGGACAGCUUCGUCUCCCAGGCAACCGCCUCAGGGAUUUGUGUGGCCUUCAAAGAGAUCCUCCCUAACUCGCUAACCAGUCCUGACGGCGAAUCAGCAUUCAGACAAGCCGCUGCCACCCUCCUCGGGAACCCCAAUGUCAAGGUGGUGGUAUCGUUCGCCAGGCCUAUUCACAUGAUGUACCUGUACCAGGAGUUGAGGGUUUGGGGGUCGCUUCUGGGGGAGAAGGUGUGGGUGGCCAGUGAUAGCUGGUCCUCGUCCAAAGAGGUCCUGGGAGAGAUGGACCUCCUAGAUAUCGGCCAUGUGGUUGGCUUCUCCUUCAAAAGAGGCAACCUGGCUCCUUUCCAUCGCUACCUGAUGAAUCUGAUUAACAUCAAUGAUGUCAUAGGAAACAACUCCUUCCUAAAGGAGUUCUACUCACUGCUAAACGAGUCGGGAGAUCCCGGGUUUGGGUCCUCCUUCACAGUCCCAGCAGAGAUCCUGCUAAACAACAGCGAUGCAAAAGUGGUCUUCAGUGUGGAGAUGGCUGUCAGUGCCAUCGCCCAUGCAGUGGCUGAUAUCUGCAGCAAAAAGGACUGCAAGACACCAGGCACGGUCCAACCCUGGGAGGUGCUUGAAACCCUGAGGGGCAGUCGCUUUGAGCUGGAGGGGAAAAACUACAGUUUUGACCAGAAAGGAGAUAUCAACCUGGGCUAUGAUGUAACCUUGUGGAGGUCUGUGAGAGGGGUCAUCAACAUCCAUGACGUUGUAGCUGUGUACCAUCCAAUCAACAACAGCUUCUGCUAUACCAGCGGAAACACCAACAAUCUCACUGACCUGAGGGAUGUGGUGUCUGUGUGCUCGCCUAGCUGUGAACCUGGGAAGUUCAAGAAGUUUGCUCAGGGUCAGCACACCUGCUGCUAUGAAUGCAUCAACUGCACUGAGAACCACUACUCCAACAACACUGACAUGCACCAGUGUCUCUCUUGUGACACAAAGAGAGAGUGGUCCCUGGAAGGGAGCUCUGGGUGUACCCAUAAGACCCUGGAGUUCUUCUCCUGGCAGGAUGGCUUUGCGGAGGUGCUGCUGGCGCUGGCGGCCCUGGGCAUCAUCCUGGUUCUCUUGGUGGGGGCUCUCUUCCUACACCACCACCAGACCCCCGUUGUGAGGGCUGCCGGGGGGCCUCUCUCCCAGAUCAUCCUGCUCUCUCUAGUGGGAAGUUUUGUUAGUGCUGUGUUCUUUGUAGGUCAUCCCAGCAGCCUACAGUGUAAGGUGCGUCAGGUGCUGUUUGGCCUCAGCUUCACCCUGUGUGUUUCCUGCAUCUUGGUCAAGUCCCUGAAGAUCCUGCUGGCCUUCCAGCUCAACCCUGACCUGAAGGACGUUCUCCGCCACCUCUACCAACCCUAUGCCAUCAUCUGUCUUUCCGUGGCCCUACAGGUCCUCACCUGCACCCUGUGGCUGGUCCUGCAGAGCCCCCGGGAGAAGGCCACGGUCUUCACCACAACUGUGUUGGCCGAGUGUGACGAAGGCUCCCAAGUGGCGUUUGGUGUGAUGCUGUGCUACAUCGCUGUCCUGGCGCUCGUAUGUUUUGCCUGCGCGUUUAAAGGCCGAAAGCUGCCACAGAAGUACAACGAGGCCAGGUUCAUCACCUUCAGCAUGCUCCUCUACCUGAUGUCCUGGCUGAUAUUUGUGCCCGUCUAUGUGACCACCUCUGGGAAGUACCUGCCAGCAGUGGAGAUGGUGGUCAUCCUCAUCUCCAACUAUGGCAUCCUCAGCUGUCAUUUCUUUCCCAAGUGCUACGUCAUCCUCUUCAAGAAGGAGCACAACACCAAGAGUGCCUUCAUGAAGAACAUCUAUGAGUAUUCCAGAAAGGGCAUUACUGUCUCUAGCUCUGUCUCUGAGACUUCAGUCUCUCAGACAGAAGGGUAUCGCAUCAGUCACCCUUACACCAUCAGUUCACCUUCCUUCUUCAUGUCUCCUCCACCAAUAGAACCCACAGCACCUCAGAACUGCUGGUCCGUUGACCAGAACAUUCAGAGCAUUGACCCUGCAACCCAUUGCACCGUAGUAGACCAUGGAGUGUUUGUCACAGGUCAGCUGACUCGACCACACCGUCUGAGGAGAAGCAUGAGCCUAUGAGUGGAGUGGACCAGUGUCUGGAUCUUUUACAUCUUACAGUACAUCACACAGUGUGUCUCUGUGAUCCUAUCUUUGGUUUGACUGUUCCCAUUUUGCUUAGUCUACUGGUAUGUUUUUUGCCCAAAUGGGUUGUUGACUUUUACAUUCAAGGCAAUUUAGGUAACACUUUAUUUGACACUGAUAUAGACAUGAUAAACAGGCAUAAAUUCUGUCAUACAGUGUCAUGUUUAUCCAGGGGUGCAACUCUGGUUUUAGAAAUGGUGGGGACAUAAUUUACACUACCGUAAGGACAUCAAAUUUAUGAAAUAAAACAUGGAAUCAUGUAGUAACCCAGAAAGUGUCAAACAAAUCAAAAUAUAUUUUAUAUUUGAGAUUCUUCAAAUAGCCACCCUUUUCAUUGAUGACAGCUUUGCACACUCUUGGCAUUCUCCCAACCAGCUUCAUGAGGUAGUCACCCGGAAUGCAAUUCAAUUAACAGGUGUGCUUUCUUAAAAGUUCAUUUGUGGAAUUUCUUUCCUUCUUAAUGCGUUUGAGCCAAUCAGUUGUGUUGUGACAAGGCAAGUUGGGUAUACAGAAUAUACCCUAUUUGGUAAAAUACCAAGUCCAUAUUAUGACAAGAACAGCUUAAAUAAGCAAAGAGAAACAACAGUCCAUCAUUACAUUAAGACAUGAAAGUCAGUCAAUAUGGAACAUUUGAAGAGCUUUGAAAGUAUCUUCAAGUACAGUCGCAAAAACUAUCAAGCAAUAUGAUGAAUCUGGCUCUCAUGAGGACUGCCACAGGAAUGGAAGACCCAGAGUUACCUCUGCUGCACACGAUAAGUUCAUUAGAGUUACCAGCCUCAGAAAUUGCUUCACACAGUUCAAGUAACAGACACAUCUCAACAUCAACUGUUAAGAGGAGACUGUGAAUCAGGCCUUCAUGGUCGAAUUGGUGCAAAGAAACCACUACCAAAGGACACCAAUAAGAAGAAGAGACUUGCAUGGGCCAAGAAACACACGCAACAGACAUUACCGGUGGAAAUUUGUUCUUUGGUCUGGAGUACAAAUCUGAGAUUUUUGGUUCCAACCGUAGUGUCUUUGUGAGACGCGGUGUGAGUGAACAGAUGAUCUCUGCAUGUGUUUUUCCCACUUUAAAGCAUGGAGGAGGAGGUGUUAUGGUGUGGGGCUGCUUUGCUGGUGACAUUGUCUGUGAUUUAUUUAGAAUUCAAGGCACACUUAACCAGCAUGGCUACCACAGCAUUCUGCAGCAAUACGCCGUCCCACCUGGGAUGGGCUUAGUGGGACUAUAAUUUGUUUUUCAACAGGACAAUGACCCAACACACCUACAGGAUGUGUAAGGGCUAUUUGACCAAGAAGGAGAGUGAUGGAGUGCUGCAUCAGAUGACCUGGCCUCCACAAUCCACGACUUUAACCAAACUGAGAUGGUUUGGGAUGGAAAAGCAGCCAAUGUGGGAACUCCUUCAAGACUGUUGAAAAAGCAUUCCAUGUGAAUCUGGUUGAGGGAAUACCAAGCGUGUACAUAGCUGUCAUCAAGGCAAAGGGUGGCUAUUUGAAUCAUCUCAAAUAUAAAAUAUAUUUUGAUUUGUUUAAGACUUUUUGGGUUACUACCUGAUUCCAUAUGUGUUAUUUCAUAGUUAUGAUGUCUUCGCUAUUAUUAUACAAUGUAGAAAAUAGUCAAAUAAAGAAAAACCCUUGAAUGAGUAAGUGUUCUACAAACUUUUGAUGGGUAUUGUAUUCCUGUCUGUGCUAGAAAAACAGUCCUGUAGCUUAGCGUCUGAGUCAUCUGACGACUACCGUAUUGAGUGAGUCACUGGUACUUCCUGCUUUAGUUUUGCUUGUAAGCAGGAAUCAGGAGGAUAGAGUUCUGGUCAGAUUUGCCAAAUGGAGGGCGAGGGAGAGCUUUGUAUACGUCUCUGUGUGUUGAUGCAAACCGCAUGCAAACCUGCAUGCAAACCGACAGACAUUCAAAGAUUCACACAGAUACAACAAUUCACAAAGAUACAUCACAAGCCAAUGCAUUUGAAUAAGAAAUAGUAAUCAUGUGUAUGUACCAUAUGCAUUUACAUUCAGAGGUACAAGGUAAAAACAAUUUACUCAUUGUCAAAUGUUGGAUGAGAGGGUUGGUUUAGCAUGGAUAAUAGCAGAUCAUUGCGGUCAGUCUGCUAGCGUUAGAUGCUAACAGCCUCUGGCAAAUCUUCUGUCAUGUAGUUUCUUCUACUCUGAGAAUUCCCCAUUCUGAACCUGCCUGUCUGGUUAUGACACAAUAACACCAUGAGGAGAGAGACAGUGAGAGGGAGAGAGAGAAAAGGGAUGGAGAAAGAGAGCAAGAGAAGGAGAGAAAGAAAGAGAGUUGGUAGGGUACAGAAAGGGUAACAGGUGUCCCUGGGGAUAGUGUAUUGUGGUAACCUUGAGGUUAGAGGCAGCAUCAAAAUGAAACCAUGAUGUCUCUGUCAAGAAUAUCUUUAUCAAUAAUGUUUGUCCUAAUCAAUUCAGAUGAUACCCUCACUAAGUACAUGACAGCUAAAUAUUAGUCAGAAAGAGUUCCACAGAAACUCAGCUUACACCAUUCUCACACUUCGAACCCAUCUCAAUUCCGGUUAACUAACAUUGGACAAAUACUACACCGAAACAGGAUGUGGAUGGAAUUCUUCUCUUAGAAUGCAUAGUCACUGACACUGAGGAAAUAAUCACCCUUGAGCAGGAAGUGCUAGCUUUAACUGGGAGUGUUUAUACUUUACUAUUCUAUGACAGCAAUCCUAAUUCUGGAUUGCUAAUCAACUUGUUAGUGAGAAAAGGUGACAAUGUGUUAUGAAUAGGGAUAGUUUUUUUUGUGUGUGAAUCACAACAGUUAGAACAGCAAGGCAAAAUAUGCAAGCUCUGUAGACCUGCUAUCAUGAUGUGAACAAAAAUAUGCUUCCACUGUCACACAUAAAAAUGCAAUAAACAACACAGUUUCCUUUGAUGGGACAAAUUCAGAGACGCGGUAUAGUUCUCGUUGUUGUUUUACAGUGGUUGUCUACAGUCCUGUGACGUAUGACACUCUCAUGUAGACUCCUACCAGUUACUUCUCG